AUGUUGCAGCAACGGUCCUCUCGAUUGCUUUCCUCGCUCUCCAAUUGCGCCUUCCGCUCGACAGCUGCACCGCUCAGCGCAUCGCUGCGAUGUCGGACUCAGCGACCGUACAGCAUUCAUGCUGAUGCCUCCGUCGGCAACAAGAUUCAGGAUGUUGACCCGACAAAACUCAGCAUCACAAGGACGACUUCGCCGAAGGACUUGUUGCCCCCGGAGGACCUUAUCUUUGGCCGCAACUUCACAGAUCACAUGCUCUCGCUCGAAUGGACAGCUUCAGAAGGAUGGCUACCAGCGCGCAUCACACCGUACCAGAACCUGAGUCUCGACCCGGCGACCUGCGUGUUCCACUAUGCAUUCGAGUGCUUCGAGGGCAUGAAGGCCUACAAGGACAAGAGCGGUAACAUCAGACUGUUCAGGCCGGACAAGAACAUGGCUCGUCUCAACAAGUCUUCAGCACGUAUUGCGCUGCCAAACUUCGACCCAGAUGCGAUGAUCGAUCUCAUUGGCAAGUUCGUCAAGGAGGAUGCACGCUUCAUCCCUGACACACGCGGAUACUCGCUCUACCUGCGCCCGACCAUGAUUGGAACCCAGCGCACUCUCGGUGUCGGCCCUCCCGCAUCCGCGCUCCUUUACGUUAUCGCAUCGCCCGUCGGCCCCUACUACCCCACAGGCUUCAAGGCUGUGUCGCUCGAGGCAACCGAUUACGCUGUGCGCGCAUGGCCUGGCGGUGUUGGAGACAAGAAGCUUGGUGCCAACUACGCGCCCUGCAUUGUCCCACAGAUGCAGGCCGCCAGCCGUGGCUUCCACCAGAACCUCUGGUUGUUCGGCGAGGAGGAGUACGUCACCGAAGUCGGCACCAUGAACCUUUUCGCCGCGAUCAAGAACAAGGAGACUGGCCAGCCUGAGCUGCUGACUGCACCGCUCGACGGAACGAUCCUUGAGGGUGUCACACGAGACUCGAUUCUGGGUCUUGCGAGGGAGCGCCUCGAGCCCAAGGGCUGGAAGGUCCUCGAGAAGAAGUUCACAAUGAAGGACAUCGCUGAUGCGACCGACGAGGGCCGCAUGAUGGAGAUCUUCGGCGCUGGCACUGCUGCGAUUGUCAGCCCUGUGCGCAAGAUCAGCUGGAAGGGCCGUCUCGUUGACUGCGGUCUUGAGGACCAUGUUGAGGCUGGACCGAUUGCGCUCCAGAUGAAGGAAUGGAUGGAGGCUAUUCAGUACGGCGACGAGGACCACCCCUGGAGCUACAAGGUCGUCUAA